AUGGCUCCGUUUGAAGUAUUGUAUGGACAUAAAUGUCGAUCACCCUUGCAUUGGAGUGAUGUGGGUGAGAGGAAGACUUUGGCCCCUGAUAUUCUAUUGGAAGUAGAGGAAAAGGUGGGUGACCAUGUUUUCCUGAAAGUCUCGCCGUCCAGAGGGAUUCGCAGAUUUGGAGUUCGUGGAAAGCUCAAUCCACGAUUCGUUGGCCCUUUCGAGAUUUUGGAGAGAGUUGGGCCAGUGGCUUACAGGAUUGCACUACCCCCACGACUUGCCGAUAUUCACGAUGUGUUCCACGUCUCGGCUUUGAGAAGAUACGUGUUUGACCCCUCACAUGUAAUUGACUUCACUCCGCUGGAGUUGGGCGAGGACCUGAGAUACGAGGAACGACCAGUACAAAUUCUUGCUCGUGAGACGAAAGAAUUGCGCAACCGGGUCAUACCAUAUGUAAAGGUGCAAUGGAGUAAUCACGAGAAGCGUGAGGCGACUUAUAAGCCAGAGGCUAUGAUGCGAGAGUCCAACCCCUACUUGUUUUGA